GUUUCGCUCCACCACCACCUCCUAUUUCUUUCCCUUUUCUCUCUUUUCGUCGGCGAUAACGGAAGAAAAAGGACCUUUUUUUUUAAUUGGUCUGAAUUUUUUGGAAAAAAUGGCCGAUGUUUUGACCAAGAGCAGUCUCUUUGCGAUUUGUGACAAUCGAUCCUCGUCGAUUUCCCACAACAGGAGAAGGAAUUUCUCUGUUGUGAGGUUCUCGCGUUGUUCGUCUCAAUCUUUUGGGGGAUUGAGAUCUUCUUCGAAAAGUAGUGGAUUUUUGGGGAAAAGAUUUGAUUUUGGGGAUCGAGGAUGUAAAACUGUGAGGGGGAGUCAACGCCCGACCUCUGUUCAGAUGACUCUUGCCUUUCCAAAGGCUAUGAGAUGGUGGAAGAAAGGGUUGCAGCCAAACAUGAAGGAGAUCGAAUCAGCUCAAGAUCUCGUCGAUUCUUUUCAGACCGCAGGCGACAGGCUCGUGGUUGUAGAUUUCUUCUCUCCUGGAUGCGGAGGAUGCAAAGCCCUUCACCCAAAGAUUUGCCAGUUUGCUGAGAUGAACCCAGAUGUCAUGUUCCUCCAAGUAAAUUAUGAGGAGCACAAGUCGAUGUGUUACAGCUUGAAUGUCCAUGUUCUUCCCUUCUUCAGGUUUUAUCGGGGAGCGAACGGUCGCCUUUCUAGCUUCAGCUGCACCAAUGCAACUGUUAAGAAAUUCAGAGAUGCAUUGGCCAAGCACUCAACGGAAAGAUGCAGCCUCGGGCCAGCAAAGGGCCUCGAGGAAUCCGAGCUCGUGGCUCUUGCUGCAAACAAAGACCUCUCUUUCACCUACACGAGGAAACGAGUCCCUGUGCCAGAUUCAGAUGACGACGGCGUGGCUGAACCAAUCCCUUCAAGCCCGAAGCCCCCUCUUGUUCAGCCCUCAAGAGCUGCUCAUGAGUCUGAAGAUAAGAAGUUGGUCGCGGCUGGGAGAUGAGAUGAUGAUGGCUGUUCAUCCUCUCCCUUGUACAGAAGUUAGUAACUUAGUUGUUGCUGUCUAUAGUCGUGAACCUUCAUAUUAAAGGUUUUCUCAUGUUUUACAAAUGUUCUAUAGUUGCACCAGAGAGCUGCAGGCUUGUCUUGGUUUUUAUUGGUGUCUUGGCCUGCUAGCGAGUUGCUGUGUGAUUAAAUAAUGAAGAGGGAAAGCUUGAGAUGCCCUGUUUGAGAGAAACUGGUUUCUCUUUCUGUAAAUAUUUUUUGUUAUGUGUUGCCCUAAUUCAAGAGUUUAUAUUUCAAUUA